UUAUCGGGAUUUCUUAUGAAAAUCAAUAUUAAAAGUUGGCAUGCAGUUGCAAGUUGGCACUGGAAUGUUCCUGCAGAUGACGUAUGCGGGAUUUGUCGAGUUCCUUUUGACGGUUGUUGCCCUGAUUGCAAAAUGCCAGGUGACGACUGUCCAAUUGUAUGGGGGAAAUGCAACCAUACUUUUCAUAUUCAUUGCAUUAUGAAAUGGUUAAAUACAGAAUCAUCUAAAGGUCAAUGUCCUAUGGAUAGAAGGAAAUUUGAGAUUCGUACAUAG